AUGAAAUUAAUUAAAUAAUUCUGUUCGUUUGUGGGAAAAGAAAUUGAUAUCAAACAGGCUAGUUUAAUAAAUAUCGUAAGAAGUGAGAUAGCUGAAAAAGGUGCCAUUUCAUUCCCUCGAUUUUGGCAUCAAGCACUUUUACAUGAAAAGUUUGGGUAUUACAUGAAAUAAGAUGUAUUUAAUAAAGAUGGAGAUUUUGUGACAUCUGUUGAAAUAUCAUAGAUGUUUAAUGAAUUAAUUGGAAUUUGGUUAUUGAAUACAUUCCAACAUAUUGGAGUUUUGGAUAAUAACUUUAGACCUACAAAUUAAAAAAUGCAUAUUCUAGAAUUUGGACCAGGUUUAGGUACUUUGAGCUCAAACGUAUUGAGAGUAUUUGCUUAAUUCAAUUUACUGGAAAAUCUUCAAUAUUCGUAUGUGGAAUAUAGUGAUUAUAUGCGUAAGAAGUAAUAGGAAGCUGUACUAAAAUAAUUAUAAAAAAGCAACAUCUAUCCUAAGUUUGAAUAUAACAACUAAAAAGUAGAGAAAUUUGAAAGUGAUGAAGUAAAUUUAAAGUGGUUCAAAAUGUAUGAACACUUCUUAUAUGAAGAAACAAGAGAGGGUUAACAUUGCGACCCAGUACUAAUAUUAGCACAUGAAUUCUUUGAUGCAUUACCAGUCAACGUAUUUGAGUAUUCUAAUGGUCAAUGGUGUGAGAGAUUGGUAGGAUUAGAUAACGAUGGUAAAACUCUUAAAUUUGUACUCUCAGAUGGUCCUAAUUAAAAUUAUUUCUCUUCAGAAAUUAAAAAAUUAAUAAAAGAAGGAGACACAAUUGAGAUUUCUCCUUAAAGUGGAGUAAUAGCUAAUUCCCUAGCUGAAUUAAUUUCCAAAGUCGGUGGAGCAGCACUUAUUAUUGAUUAUGGUGAGAAGCGAGCAUUUUCAGAUAGUGUUAGAGCAAUUCAAAGACAUAAAUUAAUGGAUAAAAAGGAUAUCUUAAAUAAACCUGGAGAUUGCGAUUUGAGUGCUUAUGUUAAUUUUAUGGCAUUGGAAUAAGCAGCACUUAAAGUAGAUGGUAUUAAGGUUCCAGAAAUUAUGACUCAGGGUAACUGGUUAGAAUAAAUGGGAAUUUAGGCAAGAUUAUAAAUACUUUGUAAGAAUGCUAACAAAGCAACAGAAAAGAGAUUGCAGUCUGAAUACGAGAGAUUGGUGCAUUCAAACUAGAUGGGAUCGAAUUUCAAAUUUAUGUGUAUUCAUAGAACCAAGAAUAAUAACUUGUUUCCUUUUAUAUAAGAUGCAUAAUAAAUUUAUUAUUGA